UUUGUCACCAGAGGGCUUUUAUAGAUUACACAUCAUUCCUUCCUUCUUCUUCUAACACACUCUGAGUCUUGAAGGUCAACAACGUCGAGAAAAAUGGCAUCAUCUCUUUGUGCUUCUUCUGCCAUCGCUGCCAUUUCUUCUCCAAGUUUCUUGGGUGGUAAGAAACUGAGGCUGAAGAAGAAGUUGACUGUUCCAGCUGUGUCCAGGCCAGAUGCGUCGGUGCGCGCCGUCGCAGCUGAUCCAGAUAGACCGAUCUGGUUCCCGGGAAGCACUCCUCCAGAGUGGCUCGACGGUAGCCUCCCCGGUGACUUCGGAUUUGAUCCUCUUGGUCUUUCAUCGGACCCGGACAGUCUAAAAUGGAACGUACAAGCAGAGCUAGUCCACUGCCGGUGGGCGAUGCUAGGAGCCGCCGGGAUAUUCAUCCCGGAGUUCCUAACGAAGAUUGGAAUCCUCAACACUCCAUCGUGGUACACGGCGGGAGAGCAAGAGUAUUUCACGGACAAAACCACACUCUUCGUCGUUGAGCUCAUCUUGAUCGGAUGGGCCGAAGGACGUAGAUGGGCCGAUAUCAUCAAGCCCGGUAGCGUCAACACUGACCCAGUCUUCCCAAACAACAAACUGACGGGCACAGACGUUGGUUACCCGGGUGGGUUAUGGUUCGACCCGUUGGGUUGGGGAUCCGGUAGCCCGGCUAAGCUCAAGGAGUUGAGGACCAAGGAGAUCAAGAACGGGAGGUUGGCUAUGUUGGCAGUGAUGGGUGCUUGGUUCCAACACAUCUACACUGGCACUGGUCCAAUUGAUAACCUUUUUGCACAUCUUGCUGAUCCUGGUCACGCCACAAUCUUCGCUGCUUUCACACCCAAGUGAGACAAGAAAAAAAGGGUUAUGGGGAGGAGGAGAAUGCGUUUGUGUGAUCAUGAGACUGGACUUUUGGAGUUUAACAAAUAUUGAUCUCAUGGACCAAGGCACUAAUGCUGUUGAUAUACUUGAAGGAAGAGGAUACAAAUUAAGGUAUCCUUGGGUUGGUGUUGUAAACCGGUCUCAAGCUGACAUUAAUAAAAGUGUUGAUAUGAUUGCUGCUCGUCGAGACUUCCCCAUCCUUACUCUUCCCCACAAAUUUCAAGCGUUAUUACCUUUAAACUCUAUAUUCAAGUAAUCCUGCACAAAACUGAUGGGACUUUGUUUGAAUACAUACGAGAUUUCCAA